AUUUUUCAAGAAAUGUUAAAAAUCUCCCACUAUUGUUUUCCCAUUGUACAAAGACAUUGUUGCUCUAUCUAUUUAAAAGUACACCACUUUAAACAUUAUACUACUCAACAGAGUAUCAUAAAUAGAAGCAACAGUGAAUUCCAAAACCUUCACAUUUCACAAUUAAACAGAGAUGACCUUUUUAACGUUUGUAAAGAUAUAUUUAAAACAGUGCAAUUUUGGACCCAACAUAUAAAAAACAAGGACGAAACAUGUGUGACGCCUUCUUGGCUUCCGAGAGAUUCUAAUACCAUACAAGUUGAAAAAAGUGUUUUUAUAACAAAAAAAAAUCUUUUAAAUUUAAUGUGGGAAAAUGGGUUUCAACCAGAAGAAAUGGCUUUAUUUGAGAACACAUUUCCUCAUAACUAUGAAUUCCAUGCUCCAGAAUUAGCCUUGCUUUUUAAUUGUAGUCUUGAGGAUUCGUAUAAAUAUUGUCUUAACACACAAACAAAAGAUUCUCGAGAAACAUUAUUGGUUAAUCAAAAAAAAAAUUCCCCACGUUUAAAGCUCGGAUUGUAUGGACUCUUAUCUUCUUUUGUUUGGUUCGGAACACAAACAACUAUACUAGGAAAUGCUUGGAUGAUGACGAAAACAUGGCCAUUUUUCGCUGUUCUGUAUAUGUUAGCACUACGAUUCAAAGGUUCCAUCAUGAAUAUGUUGAACGAUUCUACGUUGAAAGAAGAAGGUAUAGCCCAAAAAAAUAAAACGGAUGGAGAAGAAGUUUUGUAUAGGCAAAUACAGAAAUUAAAAGGAGAAGAACAGUUGCUUCAACAAGUCAACCAAAUAUGUGAUGAUACAGAGAAAAUAUGUCAAGAGUAUCAAAAAGCGUUAGUCGCGAAAUAUUUAAAAACAAUGACAUGGAGCAUGACUCGACAUUUGCAUGCUAUAAGAAGAGAUCAAAAAAGCCUUUUUGUAACCGUACAAAAGAGUAUUGUUGAAAACAUUAUUGAAGCCUUUUCAAACGAGAUCCUUGAAGAUAAGAAAUUGUAUCAAUCUUUAUUAGAACAGUCCAUCCAAGCUAUAACGACAAAAGAAAAUCCAUUAGAAACUAUACUCAAAAAACAUUUAAAUGAAAAACUUAAGGAUAUACAAAACAACAAUUUCCAUCAAACUUUUCUGCGUCGAAUUCAGGAUAAUUUUCAAAAAGAGUAUCAUACGUUUUUAGAAAAAUAUACUGUCAAACAAGAGGAAAGCGACCUUUUGAAACAGUUGGCAAACCAAGCGCUUGUUUCAAGGAAACCUAUUCAGCUUAAUCUAAACCGAUUAUCUAAAGAGGACUAUCAAACAGUACUGAAAUUGCGAGCCUCCAUUUUAGAACGUCUUGGACUUCAGUACUCUGUUACCUAUGAUUUCCUUGACAAUGAUCUUAAUGCUUCCAACCCUGUCAUUCAAGAUCUAACCACUACUGCUCAAGAUUCAAUGCAACAAUGGCAAAGUCUCUUGGAAAAAAAAACAUUAAGAAAUUUUUUAUUAUCUUUUUUAUAAACACGAUGAAACAUAAGACCCUUGUGUUACUCAUUUUAAUUGUUUUUCUGUGCUGGGUGUUUUGGGAAUGACUGAG